AUGAAACAAAGAUGGUUGAAAGCACAUAAAAAUAAAGAGUUUUUCGAAAAAAAUUAUAGUUCUUGGUUAGGUGGAACCUUUGAGAUUCCGAUUGAAACGACUCAUCGCCAGGGUCGUCAAAGUAAAUCGUUUGCCGAUUCGAGUGAGCGAAGCAAGAGAAGGAAAACAGAAGAAAUACCUUCUUCUGUGGACCAUGAAGUAAUAGUCCAUGCUGCGCUAGUACUUUUACAAUCAGAUGGAAAAAGAAAUGCGUCCAAAGUCCUGAAGGACAUAACCAAUUCGCCAACAAAAGCCAGUCAAUACAAAAAGGCUUAUUUUAAGGUUGAUGAAGCUAUCCCUCCGUUGACCCCCUUCGAAGCACUUAAGAUGUUUGUUGAGGCUGAUCUCACAAGUAGACAACAUGAAAUAAUAAGAGCAACAAGCAAAAGACAUUUCCAUUGUUAUGUACCUUUUGUUGAAAGCGAAGCAAGAGUGUUACCCGCCGAAAUCGGCUUUACGGGUAACGGCUUCCUGCGUGGCAAUGGACCUUCAAAGCCUAAUUGA